GUUUUGAGAGCUGUCUGCAUGAUGCUAACAUUCAUAGGCAUUUGUCGAUCUCAACUAAUCAAUUCGCUAAAUAACUAUGGAGAUACCACCUAUCCCGAUCGCUGUGUAAUUGAUAUGGGCACCUCGCUCGUACUGCUCAAGUGGAGGGAAUCAUUCAAGCUGGAAUCUCUACCCUGCACUACGAUCUUGUGCAUAGGAGAUGGCUGGGGCAUGCUUCAAACUUGCAGUCAUGAUCUUCCACCAGAUGAUUGUCGUUACUCCAGUUUUGAUUGGGAUGCCGAAUACCCAAAAUGUUGCAAUCGGCGGAUUAUUUGUGAUUGACAUUAAAAUUUAAAGUAUACCAAAA